GAUGAAUAUUAAGUACAUAGUUGCAGUGUCCUUUUUAAUAGCAUCUACAUAUGCACGAAGUGUAAAGAAUGAAGAACAGUCUCUGAGUCAGAGGGAUGUUUUAGAAGAAGAAUCACUGAGGGAAAUCAGAGGUAUAGGAGGAGCCCUCCUAAGUGCUGGUAAAUCAGCUUUAAAAGGCUUGGCUAAAGGAUUGGCUGAGCAUUUUGCGAAUGGGAAGAGAACAGCUGAAGAACAUGAAGUGAUGAAAAGACUGGAAUUAGCAAUACAGUCUCUGAGUCAGAGGGAUGUUUUAGAAGAAGAAUCACUGAGGGAAAUCAGAGGUUUCCUUAGUCAGAUAUAUCAUGAAAGAGUAAAAUGCUAUGGUAAGAAAUGACUGAGCAGUUCGCGAAUGGGAAGAGAGCAGCUGAAGAACAUGAAGUGAUGAAAAGACUGGAAGCCGUAAUGUGUGAUCAAGAUUCCUUGGAUUAUCCAGAGGAAGCUUCUGAAAGAGAAACCAGAGGCUUCAAUCUAACACAGUAUGCAGAGCGUUUAGCUAUGUUUGGUUAGUAAUGUACUUGUAGGUUUAGUUAAAAAGAUUUGAUAAUUAUAACUAGUAAAACUUUGCUUUCAUUAAAGGAACACUGAACCCAUUUUUUUUUCUUUUGUGAUUCAGAUAGAACAUGUAGUUUUAAGCAACUUUCUAAUUUACUCCUAUUAUUAUUUUUUCUUCGUUCUCUUGUUAUCUUUAUUUGAAAAAUAAGGCAUCUACGCUUUUUUUUGUUGGUUCAGAAUUCUGAACAGCACUUUUUUAUUGGUGGAUGAAUUUAUCCACCAAUCAGCAAGAACAACCCAGGUUGUUCACCAAAAAUGGGCCGGCAUCUAAAUUUAAAUUCUUGCAUUUCAAAUAAAAAUACUAAGAGAAUGAAGAAAAUUUGAUAAUAGUAAAUUAGAAAGUUGCUUACAAUUUCAUGUUCUAUCUGAAUCCCGAAAGAAAAAAAUUGGGUUCAGUGUCCCUUUAAUGUUUUUUAAAUGAUGCUAAUCAGAUAACAUAUAAUAAAGAAUAAAUAAACACACAAAAAAGCUAUUUAAACAAACUGCAUGUUCUCUACUCUGCUAUUAAAUAAAAAUCAUAUGAGCAAAAAUUGUUUUAUCAUUUUAAACUAUCAUUAAAAUGGUUGCUGAUCAUG